UUUAUUUAGCAGAGAACAUGACUAAAGGAGGCAAAAGAUAUGCAAACAUGGAGCAAGAUGGCAGAUGGACAACUUUUCUGGCAUUAAGUGGCACACCAGUCUAUCACGCCAAGGCCAUUUCUGAGAGAGUUUGCCCAUGUGGGUAUGCAGCAUGGUGAGAGAACGCGAGAAGCAUGUACCAGUACAGGAGCCAUGCUGGCCCAAAGUGCACCCCAACACACUCUACAAGGAGAGAGAUAUCCCAAAGUCUUCAUCAACCCUGAACAGAAAAAUAUGGGGAGGAGUUAUACAUUUUCAGUGCAUAAUAACCGAGCUACACUGCAGGAUGAUAUAGAUGCAUAUACUAAUAGUUUGGGUCGUAGGAAAUGUUUGGAUGACCGCCGGCAGCAUAACUCUCAUUUCGUCCUCUGUCAUGAUGACAACAUGAGUGCAGUGGAAAUGAGAAGAAUGAAUCAUUCUGCUCAUCAGACUGACCAUACUCCUAAGCUAAACACAGAGAGCACCAGUGGCACACACAGCCGUCGUUUUCCCAAGAACCAUAAGGAACGAUCACAGCAGGCUGCUUUCGACCACACUGGAGAGUGCUUUAUGUGGUUUGGAAGGAAUAAUUUGGACCAUAACGUACAGGCAGCUUCCAACAAUUCCUCAUUCUUAUAACUUACCAACUUGUAACAGUCACAAAUAAGCACAUUAAAGCUACCAUGUGAUUUGUGA